AUGGUACGGGCCAUUUUACAAGGAUCCGUUGAACUUGAACCACCAUCUGUCCAGCAUUUCUUGUGGCAGUCCGAGUCUGACGCCAUGCCAGCGACAUCGACAUUCCUAAACCAAGUCGAUACGAGUUGGGUCCACGAGUUGACAUCUGGGAGGCUUAUGCAGCUACGCCUCGAAGAGGACACAUGGAACAACACACUUUACAUUCCUGUAUUGGCCACCGGAAUAUCGGCGACUAUCAUCCUGCUACAAGCUGCAUUGAGACUAUUGUUCAAAGGUGACGAGGUCAGUUCAAAAACCGCCGGCGACGAAACCAUCUUUCCGCCAGACAUUAGCGGCAGACUGGCCCGAUACAUCAAGUCUUUAGGAGGCCCUGUUGUCUGCUCGUUCAAAGUGGCGCGCUUAUUAGGAUGCCUUGCACUUUUUGCGUUUUCUUUGGUCACAUUGAUCAUAGAAAAGGAGGGUCGCUGUAACUUUCCUGGAAUUGCCGUAGCGGUUACAUCGUGGUAUACUUCUCUUUUAGCAGCCGCUUCCCUAGUGCCGAAUUCCUGGAGUAAACACUUCACACGACAUAACAUAUGUGUCCUUCUAACUUUGGUUGGCGUUUACGGGUAUCGGGACAUAUGGCCUUUGGCCACAUACACUGACGUACCCAUGGAUGCGGCCGAAGGGUGGCUUUUAUGGGCUAAGAUUGUAAUCUCAACGAUCACGGCCAUCCUUAUACCCUUGUUUAUUCCAACGGAAUAUGUACCGAUCGAUCCCAAAAAUCCGAUGCAAGUCCCAAAUCCAGAACAAACGGCAUCGUUAUUCUCUUUCUUAGUGUAUGAAUUUUUGACGCCCAUCAUCAUGGAAGCCUCAAGGGUGUCCCAUCUUUCACACACACAAUUGCCCGCAUUGGCCGAUUACGAUUAUUCAAGCCAUUUGACUGAAAAGGCAUUCCCCCACCUUGAUCCAUUCCGUGGGGCGAAACGACAUCUCGGCAUCGGAUUGAUACAAGUAUACUCAUGGGAAUUCUCUGCCAUGGCCAUCUCAAUUGUGAUCCAAGUUUUGGCAGGAUUCCUAUCCCCGCUUGCUCUUAAUAGGAUAUUGGUAACUCUCGAAACAGGUGGCGAUGACAAUUACAUCCGGCCAUGGUUAUGGGUUGCCUGCUUGUUCCUCGGCCCAUUCAUAGUUUCCAUUUGUUUCCAAGCCUACGUCUUUUACGGGACACAGACGCUUGCCCGAACUAGAGCAGUGUUAACCGAAUUGGUCUUCGAGCACAGUCUUCGCAUUCGCUUCAAAGCCGAGACGUCUGGCGAUGGCGAAAAGGAAUCUGCUAGUGCAAUAGCCACUCCUCGUCCAGAAUCGAUUGUGUCAGAAUCAGGCGAGGGCUCUAGCAACGGAGACAGCAACGAAACGCAAUCAGUACAAACGGCAACGGAGUCAUCCACCGCAAAAGGGAAGGCAAAGGACACAUCCCAGGCUAAUGCACCAACGGCAGCACCUGCACCUGAAGCAAAGAAAAAGGACAAUCUCGUCGGCAAGAUAAACACUCUGGUUACUGUCGACGUUGACAAUAUCAUCAAUGCCAAAGACUUUCUGAUGAUCUUUCUUCAAGUUCCUCUGGAACUCAUAUUAGCCCUCGCCUUCUUGUAUAUAGUGCUCGGCUGGAGUGCAUUUGUCGGUUUCGCUAGUAUCGUCGCACUGUUACCCGUGCCAGGUUAUCUUGCUGCUAAGAUCCAGACCAUCCAAAAGACAAAACUGGAUAUGACCGAUGCAAGGGUUGAAACAGUAACAGAAACCGUCGGUGUCCUGCGCAUGAUCAAACUGUUCGGCUGGGAGAAAAGAAUGAGCCAGAUUGUUGCUGAAAAGCGAGAUGAAGAACUUAGGUGGUUGUGGAAUGAAAAGAUGAUUGGACUAUUGAACGAUAUAAUAAAUUUCGCCAUUCCAACAGUAACGAUGGUUAUCACUUAUGCUGCCUACACCACUAUCAUGGGAAAAAGUUUAAAUGCUUCAAAAAUCUUUUCUUCAAUGGUUGUGUUCGAUAUCAUUCGCAACCUUCUCCAUAGAUCUUCGUAUAUGUUUACCCAAACGCUAAAAGGCAAAGUGUCUCUAGAUCGCAUUGGAAAUUUCCUCAGAGAAACGGAGUUAUUAGACGACUUUGAAGAGGAGAAGACCCAGAGCAUCGUCCCCCCUUCCCAACACGACGAAAAUUUGAUCGGAUUUAAAAAUGCGACAUUUGCAUGGUCAAAGGAGGAAGAAAAUGGGACGCAAACACCUUCAGCUAGGUCUUUCCGCCUCCGAAUCGAAGGUGAUCUUUUAUUCAAACGUGGAUGUAUCAAUCUUAUUGUCGGGCCUACCGGGUCUGGAAAAACCUCCGUCCUUAUGGCGUUACUUGGGGAGAUGCAUUUCAUUCCAUCGGCAGUCGAUUCAUGGUACAAUUUACCACGUGGAGGAGGAAUCGCAUAUGCAGCGCAACAAUCUUGGGUACAGAAUGAGACAAUCAGAGAUAAUAUUUUGUUUGGGUCCCCGUAUGAUGAACAACGUUAUAACAAAGUCAUCCAGCAAUGCGCUCUGAAGCGCGACUUGGAGCUCUUCGAAGCUGGAGAUCAAACAGAAGUUGGCGAAAAAGGGCUAACGUUGAGUGGAGGACAAAAGGCCAGAGUCACGCUGGCUCGAGCAAUCUACUCCUCUGCUGAGAUUAUAUUGCUUGACGAUAUCUUGGCUGCUCUGGACGUUCAUACCUCCAAAUCUAUCGUUGAGGACUGCCUCAAGGGUGAUUUGAUUCGUGGAAGAACGGUGUUAUUAGUGACUCAUAAUGUUGCACUGACAAGCCCCGUCGCAGACAACAUCAUUACUGUUGGCCUCGAUGGGUAUGCACGUGCAGUCGGUAAUGAUAUCUCUAUUGCUCUAGCUGUCGAUCCCACCCUGGCACAUGAGGUAGAACUCGAGGAAGACAAGGACGAAGUUGAAAAAGAAACCAUUGACGCUGAGACGAAAGAAGUUAAAAAAUCAGAUGGCAAACUUAUUAUGGCAGAAGAAAUUGAGGAAGGUCGUGUAAGUUGGCAGUCCAUGCAGCUGUUCUUUAACAGUCUUGGCGGGAAUCAUCCCAUCCUCUUCCUUGGGAUAUGGGCUCUAGGAUUUUUAUGCAUGCAUUGUGGGGAUAUGUUCGGCGUUUGGUUCUUGGGGUACUGGGGAUCCCAGUACGAGGGACAUCACCCAGAAGAUGUCGCCGUGUCAUACUACCUUUCCAUGUAUUCUUUCAUUCUUUUCGCUUCUGUCAGUGUCUAUGCCGCUGUUAUGGUCCUAUACAACUAUGGUGCCAUGAGAGCCUCAAGAAAGAUAAAUGGCAUGCUUGUAGACUCUGUUCUUGGUUCGACUCUUCGCUGGUUGGAUGAAACCCCUGCUUCUCGCAUAAUCACUCGCUGUACCCAGGAUAUUUCCUCUGUCGACGGCGACCUUCAAGCUUUCUUUGGUGCUGUGGUCGAAUUGGCGACUUGCAUGGUUGUUCGUCUUGCGGGUCCUGUCAUCAUGACCCCAAUCAUCCUUGGACCAGGUAUUCUCAUUGCUGUGAUUGGAAUAUACAUCGGGAACAUCUACCUCAAAGCCCAAAUAUCUGUCAAACGUGAAACAAGUAACGCACGGGCGCCUGUUUUGGCUCACUUCGGAGCCGCUAUCGCCGGCUUAACAUCUAUACGUGCAUAUGGCGCACAAACCUCAUUUAAGGCAGAAUCAUUGAAGCGUAUCGAUCACUACACCAAAGUUGCGAGAACAUCUUUCAACUUAAAUCGUUGGGUUUCCGUCAGAAUCGAUUUACUUGGAGCCUCAUUUACUGCCGGAUUGGCGUCGUAUCUUCUCCUAAACCGGACACUCAGCGCAGCCAAUAUAGGAUUUUCGCUCAAGAUGUCUUUGGACUUUUGUUCCUUUAUCCUAUGGCUCGUCAGAUGCUAUAACGAAUUUGAAGUUCAGGCAAACAGUUUGGAGAGAAUCCAGGCGUACAUCAACAUUGAACAUGAACCAAAAGCGACCGAAGCUGGUAAACCUCCAGCAUCUUGGCCUUCCAGUGGAGACCUGCGCGUCGAGGGCCUCUCAGCAAGAUACUCUGCAACUGGACCAAAGAGCUCCUUAACCCUCUCGCUAUUACGUUGCAUUCCUACGGAAGGUACAGUAUACUACGACGGCCUUGCUACAGAUCAAAUCAACCUCGAUGAGCUGCGCUCAAAAAUCACCAUCAUCCCUCAAAUGCCCGAGCUGCUUAGUGGAACAUUGCGUCGAAAUCUGGACCCCUUUGAUCAAAAUGAUGAUGCUACUCUCAACAAUGCCCUUCGAGCUUCAGGACUUUUUACACUUCAGUCGGAGACCGAUGAGGCGCGACUCACCCUAGACAGCGAAAUAGCUAGUGGUGGUGGUAAUCUUUCUGUUGGUCAACGCCAAAUCAUUGCCUUGGCGAGAGCUAUCGUUCGGAAUAGCAAGCUGCUGAUUCUAGAUGAAGACCAUAAAACCGACUCAAUUAUCCAGUCAUCACUGCGCAAUGAACUUAGCUCUGAUGUCACUGUCCUAACAGUUGCUCACCGUCUGCAGACAAUCAUGGAUGCCGAUAAGAUUAUGGUUUUGGACAGUGGGCGAAUUGUCGAAUUUGAUUCCCCGCAAACACUCCUCAAAAUGAAAGGAGGGUAUUUCAAGUCCCUUGUUGAUGGUAGUGGAGACAAGCAGACGCUUUACGCAAUGAUGGAUGCGAAAGCCAGUGGGUCUGCCUAA